AAGAAGCAAUUAUUGAAGGAGGGAUUGAGGAGUUCAAGUUGGUUUUCUCCAAUCAACCAGCCUCCACUAUGUUCACCAACAAUGAAAUCAAAGCAGAAAAUGGUGAGGCUGUGAGGGUUGAAAUUUGUGAUGCCACAACCAAUGCGAUAAUCAGCACGGGUCCUCUAUCAUCGGCCCCGGUUGGGCUCAUCCUUCUCGGUGGAGACUAUGAUGAAACCAAUCGUAGUUUGAGUGAAUUCAAUCGAAACAUUUUGUCCCCAAGAGAUGGGAAGGGAAAAGGCCUUUACUGGUUGGCAGGGAUAUCGAACUCAACUUGGAGAAUGGUGUUGCUUCCAUUAAGUGUGUGUCUAUCACGGACAACUCGAGUUGGAUGAAAUCCAAGAAGUUUCGUUUUGGAGCAAAGAUUAUUGAUAAAAAUAUUCUAGCCAUGUAUCCGACCAUUGAGGCUGCUGUUGGUCAUGGAUCACCGUGGAGAAGUGAACAAGAAGCAUCAUCCUCCGAGUAGAGAAGACGAACUUUGGCGACUCGAAGGCAUAGGAAAAGAUGGCAUAUAUCACAAAAACUUAUCCUCCUACAGCAUCAAAAAUGUGAACGACUUCUUGCUAGAAUACCAAAAAAUAGGUCCUGAACGUCUUAGAAAGCUGCUUGGUAACAAAGUUCUCGAUAAAAUAUGGAUAACGAUGGUUAAAAACGCUUUUGAGUGUCAGAGCUAUACCAUAUACGAGCCAUCCUCAGAAGAAUAUUUGCCGCCAACUAAUGUCAUGGUAGAUGAAGCUUUUAACGAAGGCCUUCACAUUGUUGAGCAAAACAAUUUGGAUUAUGAGUAUGAGAGUCUAGGAAUGUACUCUACUACUGAUGACUUUGGAUAUAGGCUUGAAUAUUUGCCGCCAUUGUUUACCGAGGAUGACUUUGGAUAUAGGCUUACUGGUACAGUGACUUAA